AUGCGCGCCAUUGCGCGUUGCUAUUGCUUUCGCGCUGAUGUCGUGUGGCAGGCCGACAAGCUCCGCGCGCUGUUCGAGGCGAAUCGACAUGAGAGCGAUCCGGAUCGGAUCGACCGUCUGCUGGCAGCGGGAGAGGCGAAGCUCAAGGAGAACCAGCACCCCGACCCGUACCUCGUACGCUCGCAACGCAACCCUCUCUUCUCCCCAUGGGCUCUCCUCCCGUUCUCUCCGCUUCUACUCCCCCCCCCACCCCCUUCUCCAUCCCCUAUGAACCUCCCUCUCCCCACCGCAGUGCCAUGGGUGUGGGUGUAUGGCGGAUCCAAGUACGCUCGCAACGCAACCCUCUCUUCUCCCCACGCCACGCCCUCUCCUUCCUCCCCCCCUCCCCCCGUCCCUCCUGCUCCCUCCCUUCCCUCCUCCCCACCGCAGUGCCAUGGGUGUAUGGCGGAUCCAAGUAUGCUCGCAACCCUCCCUUCCCCCAAGAGAUUAGCAUUUUCCUCCUCCAUCUCCUUUCUCUUCUUCUUCCCCCCCCAUAUUGCCUACCUCCCUACCAGCAGCCCCGUUUUCAGCCACACGCACACCCCCACCCACUCCCUCUCCGCCCUUUUUCCCGCACAUGCACCUAGCCACAGCGAUCGCCUGCGCGUGCGCGUGGAAGGCGGGCGCGGGGGCAGCGGAUGCUCGUCCUUCCGCAAGUCCCGGCACGCCCGGCACGGGGACCGGGACGGGGGCAACGGGGGGGAGGGCGGGGGGGUCACUCUAACUGCCUCGGCGGCUGUGAGGCAUCUGGGGAAUGUUGAUAGGGUGGUGAAGGGGGGGGCGGGUGGGCAUGGGUCGAGUAAGAAGCGGGUGGGGGCGAGGGGGGUGGAAAGGGAGGUGAGGGUGCCUGUGGGGACUGCGGUGUAUUUGCUGGAAGGGGAAGUUCCCCUGGGGGACGAAUUAGGUAGUGCUGAGUGUGGUGCUGGUGCCGCUGCUGAUGCUGUUGCUGGUUCUGAAACGGAAGCAACUGUUGCUUCGCCGGGUAGUGGCAGCAUGCCUGCGUCUCCCCCCUGGUGGGCUGCUCUGUUCGAGUCGUCCAAGGAUCAGCAACAGGAGGAGCGGAUGGGGGAACAAGUGGAGGGGAAGCAGGUGGAGGGGGAGGGGGAGGGGGAGGGGGAGGGUGAGGGGGACAGGGAGGCGAAAGGGAAGGGGGAGGAGGGCGAGGUGAGGAGCAGGGGGGGCGAAGAGCAGUACUGGCAGCAGUUGCUGCAGCAGUGGGUUCAGGAGAGGUACGGGCAGAGGCGAGCUCGGGCUGCUGAUGAUGAGGGGGGCGAUGGGAGCGAGUGGGAUGAGGGGAGUGAGGGGAGUGCGGAUGACAGUGGGUCACAUUCCCAUGGGAUGACACAUGGUAUGGCACAUAAUAGGGCUCGGGAGCGAGGUGUUUUGGUGGCUGAUCUAGUGGAGGAAGGGCAGAGCGUGACAGUGGCGCGUGGAGGGAGGGGCGGCAGGGGCAACGCGUCGAUGGGGCGAGUGAAACCGUGGGAGAUGGAAGAAUGUGAUUUGUCGCACGAGAAGGGCAGUGCGGGGAGCAGGGCAGUGGCAGCAGCAGCGGCAGUGGCAGGGUCUGGCUUAGGCCAUGAGAAGGGUAGCCCAGGGAGCAGGGCGGUGGUGGCAUUGGAGCUGAAGACAGUGGCGGAUGUGGGGCUGGUGGGGCUGCCCAAUGCGGGUAAGAGCUCCCUCCUGCGCGCCCUGUCCCGUGCCAAGCCUAGAGUGGGCUGGCAUCCCUUCACCACUCUGCACCCGCAGCUGGGUACUGUGAUGGGCGGGGGAGAGAGUGUGUGGGAGGGAGAGGACGGGGGUGGGGGAGGGAAAGCGCUGGGGGAGGGAGAGGCGAGGGGUGACGACGCGUGGGGCGGAGAGGGGGAGGAGGAAGAGGAGGGGGAUGAGAUUGUGUGGGGAGAAGAUAGGGGAUUUGCAGGAGGGAGUGGAGAGAGGGGGUCGAAGUGGGAUUUGGAAGGAGAGAUGGGAUUCACAGUGGCAGAUAUCCCGGGCCUGAUAGGCGGCGCACACAGGGACAGGGGGCUGGGGCUGUCCUUUCUAAGGCAUGUGGAGCGCACUAAAGUGAUUGUCUACGUCCUCGAUAUGAGCGGCUCCAAUACCAGUACUGUUUCAAGUGAACCUCAUGCGAGCGAGCCUGGCGCAUGUGAAGCUAGCGCAACCGAACCUACCACUACCGAACCUAGUGCAACCGAAAUUAGCACAGCUGAACCUAGUGCUACCGAACGUAGUUCAGUGUCGGCAGGGGCCCUCCCUCCCUGGCAGCAGCUGCAGGUGCUGGUGAGUGAGCUGGAGCGGUAUCAGCCAGGGUUGUCCCUGCGCCCUGCUCUCAUUGCCGCCAAUAAGAUGGACGAGGAUGCUGCAGAGGGCAAUUUGACUGAGCUGAGAAGGCGGCUGAGAGGCGGAGGUGAAGGGGUGGAUGUGUUGUUGCCAGUGCCGGUGGUGCCGCUGUGUGCAAUUCUGGUGGAGGGGGUGCCUGAGCUCAAGGGGGUUCUAAGGCGCUUGGUAUGGGGGCACAUGGUGUGGGGAGGGGAGGCAGGGGCGGGUAGGGAAGGAAUGCUACACUGCUGCGCCACAUGUGCCUCACACCCCUCUGCUGCUUCCCUCCAAGUGCUUGCAGUACUGCUGAGGGUGUGUGCUGCGCUGGGGGAGGGGGUGUCUGGGCUGCGCUGGGGGAGGGGGUGUCUGGGCUGCGCUGGGGGAGGGGGUGUCUGGGCUGCGCUGGGGGAGGGGGUGUCUGGGCUGCGCUGA